UUUUUGUAUUUUAUUAAACUAAUUUUGAUUGAAUUAUUGUCUCAGUCUUGAAAUUCAAGAAGACAAUUAUUUUAUACAUUUGAGCUCGAAAUAUUUACAUUAUUUCUUGGCACUAUAUUAAUUCAUUUAAGUUCUAAGAAGACAUAUUUCUUCUUUGACACACCCCCUCAUUCUAAAAGACAUGACAAAGUUGAAGCCAUUGGCAUUAUUAGCUAUCAUCUUGUACACAUUAAUUGUUACAAGUCACUCCACAAAUCCAAAAAGCAAUACCAAUUUGAUACACCAAACUUGCAAGCAUACACCAAAUUAUGCAAUUUGCAUUAAGUACCUCGAAGCUGAUCCAAGAAGCUCUACUUCAGAUGUAACAGGAUUAGCACUAAUCAUGGUGGAUGUAAUCAAAACAAAAGCAAACAGUUCCUUAAACAAAAUUAAGCACUUGAUUAAGGGGACACAUGAGCCUAAUAAAAAGGAAGCUUUGAAUUCAUGUGGUGGUAGAUACAGAGCAAUUGUGGAAGCAGAUGUGCCAAAAUGUGUUGCAGCUUUGAAAGAAGGAGAUCCAAAAUUUGCAGAAGAUGGUGCUAAUGAUGCUGCAAUUGAAGCCACUGCUUGUGAGAAUGGCUUCUUUGGAAAAUCACCACUUUCUGAUGAUAAUAUUGCUAUGCAGGAUGUGGCUGCUAUAACAGCAACUAUUGUUAAACAAUUGCUCUAGAGUACUCUACUCUACCUACUUUACUCCAAAAUAAUAUAUAUAAUCAAUUCAUCAUUUUCAUGUAAUUUAAUAAUAUUAUGUAAUGAAUUUGUAUGCAUUAUCAAUUGUAAAAUAAAUUUAUA